GUGCCACAAUCGGUAGACAUUAGCCGUGCAAGGGGCUGAGAAACACACUACAGGACCUGUCAACAAGACUAUGGCCAUGUGGGACCUUCCAUGUAAGAAGAAGACAAGAACAGUAUCGAUGGGCCUACUCGUCCUUACUGGCGUCUUCGUUCUACUUGUUUACAACCUUGGAAUGGUUCCACCAGGAGCGCCAAGUUCGACCUCUACAGACACAAAUCUUCGCACGGUGGAUGUGAUACAAGACGUCUUAGAUGCAAGAGUCACAGAAGAAAGGACAGAAGAUGCCAGCUUUAGCGAAGCUGCAGCCAACAGCACCCAUAUUGACAACUACGUUUCAAACCCACAGUGCAAGAUGAAGACAAAUCUUGUAUUUAUGAAGGUGCAUAAGGCAGGGUCUCACACAACAGCCUGUAUUCUGCAGAGGUUCGGCUACGAACACAGACUCAACUUCGUACUGCCUAAGAAUUGUGGCAGUCCGAGUUUAGGAUUCCCAAGAAGCGUACCAGACUCAAGAGUGAUGAAACAGAACGUGGGUGAUCAUGGGUACAACCUACUGGUACAUCACACUGUGUACGACAGGGUCAAGUUUCACAAGCUCAUGGCGCCGGAUACACAGUUUAUCGCCAUUCUCCGGGAACCGCUCAGUCAUCUCAAGUCAAGUUUCUACUACUUCAAAAUGGGCAAAAAGUUUGGCUUACCGCCCAACUCACUGGGCAGGUAUCUGAACAACCCCUGGCUGUAUGAACGCAAGCUGCGGAAGCAAUCGUCAACAAUGACGAAGAACCUUCAAUCUUUCGUCUUAGGGUGGAAGGACCGUUUCAACCAAGACAGAGACGAAGUAAGAAACUUCAUCUCCCAGCUCGACAGUGACUUUCCCCUGAUCCUCAUCCUGGAGUACUUCGACGCGUCGCUAGUCUUACUCCGACGCCUGAUGUGUUGGUCGUUCUACAACAUUCUGUACGACAGACAUCCCAGGAAUAAACAAAAAUACCGCAAGGCAGUGUCCUACACCGAACAACAACUCCAGAACCAUCGGAACUCGAGCUGGGUCGACUAUCAACUGUACGAUCAUUUCAACAGAAGUCUGUGGAGUAAGAUACAGGCAGCAGGACCGGACUUUCAAGACGAGCUGGAAGCUUUUCAACAGUUAAACCACGACGUCAACAGUUACUGUGCAGGAAAACCUAAGCAGAAGAAAACUUUUCCAGGGUCCAAGUGGAACGGACCGGUGGCAAUCAACCCUCUGUUUUGCGAGGCUUUGAAAAGGGUACGCCUGAAAUGGGAUAAAAAAAUAUGUCAUCGCGCUCGCGCAAAUAGCAAGAAAAAGAAGAAGCACUGAAGGGCUAAGUAAGUCUGAAACUGAUCAAAUCCUGGACGAUUUAAAGAAGCGUUUUCCUGCAGUGGACUGUAAUUACGCGCGGUGAUGAAGAAAAGUGGCGUCCCUGCAUCUAAGGUGGCCGAGUCAAUAAAACAGGGCCAUUACGCGGUGGACGGAGCAGUACUGUAACAGAAGCUGACAACCCUUGUACAAAAUAAGGGACAGUAGCGUAAGAGAUUUCUUAUUAUCAAUGGAGGCCAAUCUAUCUUUCUUCUCUUUUAGAUUUGUUAACCCUUAAACCGCCCAAACCGGAUAUAUCCGGCACACAUAUACAUGCCAUGUGUGCAGCGCCCGGGAUACUGGGAAAGCGUAUUCCCCCGACGUAGCAGCUUUGCGCGCGUGUAGCACACGAACCCUGGAAGUUAGGGACUUCGGCCUUGUUCAGGUGUCUCUUUUCGGGGGUCUGCGGCCAACCCUGGCACUGAUAGCAUUUUAUAGGACUGAAACUCUGGCAGUUAUUAAUAAAGAACAUCAAUUUGAAUAAAUGGCUUUUAAUAGACGGUUCACGUGGCUUUUUGACUUGAUUUUUUGUAGAUCCUGUUCGUAUUUCGUAAAAACAUAUCUGACCCAACAAGAUUACCUGUACCAGGGUGUGCACAUCUUCACAUCACUAACUCCCAAUGAAAAAUCAUUCACAUGGAGUUUUUCCCUCGAAUAUUUGUUCCCACAAGAAAAAGUGUCGCCAGUUGAUCAGAACACCUCCUCUGUCAACACCGCCGCCGGAGUGCUACAUAUUGCGGUGUGCGGAAAACUUUAGAAGAAUGUGGUUAUGCCUUUGUCUGGCAUUCUCCACACUCAAUUGUUUCAAAAGUGCCUUCAAUCAUCUCUGCUAUUCAACAACGUUUAAAGGACAUCUACUUUCAGACAUUCCUACGCGAAAUCCAUAAUGACAACAAAGGCAAAUUCGCAAAGAACAAAUUACGCUCAUACAGACUGUUCAAAUCCACCUACAACGAAGAAGAGUACCUUAGAAUUCCGAACGAACGACAAAGAACUACAAUCACCAAACUGCGACUCAGCUGCCACAAACUCCGUGUUGAAACAGGGAGGCACAACCGCACACCUCUGGAGCAAAGAAUCUGUCAGUUUUGUAACAUGAACAAGGUCGAAGAUGAAGCCCACUUUUUAUUAGAUUGUAGU